AUGGAUUCGCUUGAUUGUUCCGCCCAUCCUUCCCUCAUCCUUGCCGCGGGCCUACUGCUGGCAUACCUGGCUUACGGCGCCGUCUACCGUCUCUGCCUGAGCCCAGUUGCUCACUUCCCCGGCCCGCGCCUUGCCGCCUUGACCUUCUGGUAUGAAUUCUACUACGAUGUGCUAUGCUCUGGCCGCUACACAUGGCGCAUUGCGGAAAUGCAUAAGACAUACGGUCCCGUGGUGCGCAUCAACCCGUACGAGCUCCACGUCAACGUACCGGACUUCUACGACACGCUGUACGCCUCGGCAGCAAGCGGCCGGCGCACCGAGAAGUGGAGGUGGUCGGCCAAGAUGUUUGGCACGACGCAAGCGGCCGUGGGAACGGCCUCGCACGAACUCCACCGCCUGCGCCGAGCCGCCUUGAACCCUUUCUUCUCCCGCCGAAGUGUCGUCCGCCUGGAGCCUGUGAUCCAAGCCAAUGUCGACAAGCUGAGAGCCAGGCUUCAUGGCUUCGCUGCCACCGGCCAGCACGUGAACUUGACCGAUGCCUUCACGGCAUUGAGCGCCGAUGUCAUUGGCGCCUUCGCCUUUGGCAAGCCCUACGGAUUUUUGGAUGCGGACGACUUCAAUCCUGGCUGGCACAAGCUGAUGCUCGAUCUCAGCAGAGGAACACAUCUGAUGAAGCAAUUCGGCUGGCUGUACACCAUCCUGACCUGCAUCCCGCAAAGGCUCGUGUCCAUCAUCCACCCCCUCACCAAGGAGCUCUUCGACGUCCAAAACGGCAUCACCGCCCAGAUCGAAGAGAUCAAAGCCAGCAAAACCAAGAACCCCUCCCCGUCGGACGCACCCCCCACCAUCCUCCACGACCUCCUCGCCAACCCAAACAGCCGCCUCCCCCCACCCGAACUCGCCACCCCGCGCCUCACCGAAGAAGCCUUCACCCUCCUCGGCGCCGGCACCGUCACCACCGCCCACACCCUCUCCACAACCCUCUACCACCUCCUCGCCAACCCCUCCAAACUCUCCCGCCUCCGCUCCGAGCUCGCCCCCCUCUACCUCCCCAACCCCAACCCCAACCCCUCUUCCCCCAACUCCUCCUCCCCCUCGCCUUCCGAACCGCCACCACCGCCAACAUGGACCCGCCUCGAGCGCCUCCCCUACCUCUCCGCCGUCCUCGCCGAGGGUCUCCGCCUCAGCUACGGCGUCUCCCAUCGCCUGCCGCGCCUCUCGCCCGACGCCCCGCUGCGCGUCGUCCCCGGCGGCGCCCCCGAAGCCGUCGCCACCAUCCCGCCCGGCACGCCUGUCAGCAUGACGCAGAUGUUCCUGCACGACGACGCGAGCAUUUUCCCGGAGCCGGCGGCUUUUUGGCCGGAGCGGUGGCUCCUCCUCUCGGAGGGGCAGGAGGAGGAGGGGGAGGGGGAGGGGGAGGGGGAGGGGGAUCGGAAAGAGGCGACGGAGGGAGGAGAGGCGACGGAGAGGGAAAGAGAGUUGGCGCGCAUGCGGAGGUUCUUGGUGCCGUUCAGCAGGGGGACGCGGCAGUGCGUCGGGAUGAACCUGGCGUACGCGGAGAUGGUGCUGGCGCUGGCGGCGCUGGCGCGGCCCGGGUUGCGGCUGGAGCUGUGGGAGACGGGCGUCGAGGACGUGAGGGUCGCGCACGAUUGGUUCAAUCCGGCGCCGAGGGCGGGGAGUAAGGGGGUGAGGGUGUUGGUCAGGACGGAGGAAGAGGGGUUUGUUGGAGAAAAUGGCAGAGAGGAGGAGGAGGAGGAGGAGGAGGAGGAGAAGGAGGCGUGCGUGAGGUAG